AUGACAUUGUUUUCCUCUGCUAUAUUCUCUCUCUUCCUGCCUUCGUGCUUCUCUCGUUCCCUCUCUCCUUCACCCGUUAUCUCUUUUCGAUUUUCCAUCCUUUUCAUCUUUUUUCCGUUCCCUCUCUUUUCCUACUCUUGUUCCCUUUUUUCAUUUUUCUUUUGUUCUCUCUUUCCGACUUUACCUCUUUCCAUCCUUCCCUCUUUUCAUUUUUUUCCCAUUUCCUCUUCCCAUCCAUCUCUCGUUCCCUUUGUCCGUCCUCCUCUCGUUCCCUCUUCCCACCCGUCUCUCAUUCCCUUUGUCCGUUUAAAAUCGUUCCUCUUCCCAGAUGUCUCUCAUUCCUUUGUCCGUCAAAGAAAAUGUUCCUCUUCCCACCCGUCUCUCGUUCCCUUUGUCCGCCCUCCUCUUGUUCCCUCUACCCGUCCGUCUCUCGUUCCCUUUGUCCGUCUUCCUCCCGUUCACUCUUCCCGUCCUCUUGUCGUUCCCUCUUUGCGCCCUCUUCUCUUUCCUCCUUUCCGUCUUUAA